AUCGGCCACACCUACUGAGUGUUCAAGUCACUAGCUACUCAGUCAGGCUAACCGGCACCGCACCAUGCUGUUUAGUUCUCGGUCCAACUUUGAACGCCAACAAGUUCUCCUCGCCGCCGACUAGUCGCCCUUUUUUCUCGGCCAUUUACUCCCAAGUGGACUUUAACACCCUUGGAUACUUUUCUUCCACUUUGUUGGAAUCCAUACGUGUCUUUGAACGCAUCACUUCUGCGGCAACAUGUUGCAAAGCUUCACCCAGUCCUGCGACUGGAUCUACUCGGAGCCGCUGCUAUUUGACGAUGAGUUUUUCCAGAGCUUGGUGAAGGACCUGCAGUCACUACCCACGCCGCCUCAGUCGCCCCCCGCCAAGGAGGGCGUGACCAAGCCGCUCUCCAAGGGCGACCAGCUGAGCUAUGUGUCCGACAUCCUUCUGGAGGACGGCGACAUGCAGCUCAAUUGGAACUGCGCCUUCAUCCACGAUAAGGAGGGAGGUGGCGGUGAAGGCGGCGGGGGAGGGGGGCGAACCCGCGGCUCCCCCGACGAAGAGGACGACGGUCUGUGGCGAUGCCUGGCUUCGGAGGACAAGCUGACGACGGCGUCGGUGCUGGGGUCCAGCCCGCUGCUGUCCGAUAUUGAUACGAGCAUCUUCGAGGGGCUGGCCGGGUCCACGCUGGAUUGCCAGAACCUGAUGGAGAGCCAGGAGACGGGCGAGGCCACGUCCGACUACUGCUCCACCGGAGGGGAGAUGUCCACAUACUCGUCCAGCGACUCCGAGGAAGAGAUCGACGUAGUGACGGUGGGGCGCUGCCCUUCCAGCCCCUCCCGUCGCCGCAAGCGUCCGAGCGACGAGGACGACGACGAGGAACGCCUGGCUCUCCGGCGCCACCGCUUCGAAAUCCAACUGCAGCACAACUACGCCGCGCCGCGCCCGGCCUCCCCGCCUCCCUCGUCGUCCCACCGGCGCUGGCCGGCGUCCGGCCGCCACCACCACUCGUCGUCGCGACACCCGGCCGAGACUGAGGACGAGGAGGAGCGGCGGCGGACGCACAACGUGAUGGAGCGCCAACGCCGCAACGAGCUGAAGAACUGUUUCGUGCGUCUGCGCGACAACAUCCCCGAGCUGUCGCGCAACGACAAGGCGUCCAAGGUGGUCAUUCUGAAGAAGGCCAGAGACUGCAUCCACGGGCUGGAGAGCCACGCCCGACGCUUGCAGGCCCGCCGGGAUAAACUCCGGGCUAAGCAGGAGGAGCUCAAAGCGAGGCUGCAGCGCGCCACGACGCGUUGCUGAAAACUGGAAAGAGAGACUUUCCCUUUUUUUUUUUUUUUUUGUUUUGUACCAAGAUUUCAUGCUUUCAGGAUCGAGGUGGACAUGCUAAAGUGCGCACAAAGAUGGAGACUUGACUUAUGACUGCUGACUGUUUAAAAAAAAAAAGGCAGAAAUUGGAACAUAGCUGGCAAAAAGUUGGGAUGAAGCUAAAACGACGCACGGUUUUAUUUCCAUCCUCAAGUUUUUGCUAGCGUUGUAUCCGGGAUGCCUCGUAGCCAUAGCAACCAGCGAUCCCUCCGCCGUCAAAACCUUCGGGCGGCCAUCAGGUUUUUCCGAGAGACGAGUUCCGAUAAAUUUUUUUUGUUUCGGAGGCAUUUUUGACAUUAAAAAUGUUUUUUUUUGGUGUGAUCAGCGGAUCAUAUUAGAUGCAUGAUUGACCCACAGAUGGAAAAAGAUGAUAACUAAUGGAAGUGUACAGUGGACACCUGCACCCAUGCCCCCACUUGAUCUUUGUUCACUUUAUUUUUUUAUUUGUUCACUUUAUUUUUUUAUGCAAUCCACUGCUUAUUUGCAUUCAUAAGAGAAUACAUUUGAUAAUAUUUAUUUUUUAACACCUAAUCCUGUUUGUUCACUUUUCUUUAAAGGUGAUCCAAAGCUCUUUGUAGUUUUUUUUAACACCACUCUGAGGGGAGGGCUCAGAAGGUUUUUUUUUUUUUUUUUUUUUUUUUUUUUUUCAUGAUCCACUGCUUAUUUCCUUUGUUUUCAUAUAUAAAAAUCUAAUUCUGCUAAGCUUUAAAACAUUUUUUUUUUUAAAACAAUCAAGUGCUUAUUUAUAUUUUCAAUUUUUCCCUCCUAACCCAAACCCUCUUUGUAAUUCAAUUUUUUGACACAAUCCACCACAAUUUUCAUGGGUUUUUUUGGGGGGGGGGGGGGACUUAACACCCCCCCACCCCACCUAUCGUUUAUUGACAAUUUUGUAUUUUAGAUGCAAUCCUCUUCUCUUAAAACUGAUUCCAGUGAGCUUUAAAUAUUUUUUAUACAAUCCACUGCUUAUUUAUUUAUAUUUUUCAUUUUUUUCCCUUAACCCCUCCUGUUUAUUCACUUCACCAUUUUUUUUUUUUUUUUUACGUAAUCUACUGUCCCCCCCCCCCCCAAACUACUCAUUUAGUUGACAAUUUUAGAUGCAAUCCACUGCUUAUUCUCUUAUUUAAAAAAUAUAUAUUAACCCCCCCCCCCCCCCCCGAACUGAAUCAGUUUGUACAUAGUUUAUCUCAGUCAACUCAGUUUAUUUAUUUUUUCAUAUUUUUCCUAACCCAACACCCUGUUUAUUCAAAUUGGCUGCCAAAUUACGUGGGUUUUUUUUUUUUUUUUUUAACGUAACGUGACUUUUCCUCCAACCUAU